AAUCUGAAACGAAACUGUCUGAGAAGUGUUAACUUUUCGAGUAGUUCCGUCGAUUCACGAACUACCCACGAAGUAAUAUCGUGUGUCUUCACGGUCUUGUUCACAGAGUCAAGUACAGACAUUUUCAUUUUAAAGAGAAAGUGAAGGAACCUGUUGAACAUGGCGGACGCUAUCAUCACUGAAAGUGCGAAUCAAGCAACAAGCAAAAGAAAACCACCAGAGGUAGAUGUUGAAGUGCCAGAGGUUGAAAAUCUCCCGCAACACUCAGAGCCUUGGAAAAACGUCCAAAACAACUUUCUGCCGGUCCAUUUUCUUUUGCUGACGGUAAAUGACUGCGAAUUCCGAAGCUGUCUUUCCUUUCUUAAAGAAGAUUUUGUGAAGAGUUAUCACAAAACCCUUGGCUUUGUAUACUUUGGAAGUAUCCUUGACAACGAGAAAGUGAAGGUUGCAGUGAUGAAAUGCAAUAUGGGUGGUGCCGCUCCCGGUGGUUCCCUGGUUGUUGUCCCGAAAGCGGUCCGCAUCUUGAAGCCCAAAGCUGUGUUUAAUGUGGGUUUCUGUGCUAGUUUGAACAAGGAGAAAGCAAAGCUAGGUGAUGUGGUCGUGUGCUCAAAGUUAAUAACCUACGCCUUCAUAAAACAAGAGGAAGAUAGGAUCGAGGAGCAAGGUGUCAGAGUUCCUUUAAAUAAGGGUCUAUCAGGUAUUGCCAGACACAUUGGAGAUGGAUGGAAACCACCCGUGAAGAACUCAACCGAUCUGAAGGUGAAACCAAGCACGAAUGGCGUAUUUCUGAGUGGGCCUGAGGUGAUUAACGACCCAAAACGACUUGCUGCACUGAUGAAACGAUUUCCAGAAGCAACAGCAAUUGAGAUGGAAGGGGAAGGUCUUUACGCAGCUGCCCAUGAUCUCAACAUUGAAUGGAUUGUCAUUAAGGGCGUGUCAAACUUCGCCGAUGGAAAAAAAUCUGAAACUGAUCAUUGGAGACUAUUUGCCAGUGUUAUGGCGGCCUCUCUCGUUGCACACAUUCUAAAAGAUUCUGGUAUUUUUGAGUCCUGGCCUCACUUCGAAGACAAUUCGGAUGCUGAAGAUGGUUCUCCUCGAAAGAGACGACGGUCGUCAUCUUCUCCUUCCGGUUCAGACCCUAAAAGAAACAAAGCGACAGCAGGAGAUUCUUUUAUACAAGGUGCACCGCAGGAACCUUCAAAUCGAAGAGGACGGCGAUCCACACGAUCCAGUAGUAGUGAACCGCGUGCUACUCAAGGAAUUUUACCAAAAAAAUCUUGUUAAUUCCGUAGAUGAUAA